AUGUCAACAGCAGCUGCCAGCACAAGCUUCGUACCGAAUGGUCUUUUGGGAUCGUCAUCUUUAUUCAAACAGAAUAAUUCUCUUCGGAAUGAACCUCUCUUAGGCAGUUUGCAAGAUUUAAGCUCAGAGGAAACGUUGUGUAGGUCGACCCGGUUGCUGGGAUCGGGUAGUGUUGUAGCGGGAUCUUUCACCUCGGAUGGCCUUUUCGACGAAGAGUUUACACCUACUGGACUUUCAUCUGGUUCACCAACUACAAUUGAAAAUGCUGAGACUACAUGGAAUAGUUUCGUUCCAACGGGACUCCUAGAAGCGAAAAACAGCGGGGCUUCUUCGACCACGUUAGUUCCUUUCGUGGCUACUGAACUGCUUUCGAACACAAUUCAUACUGUACCUGCGCUAUCACAAUCGCUGGAUGACGAAUUACCCCCUCUGCACGAACUCUUCACCACCGAUUCUAAUGUAGACACAUCGCGGGUCGCUUUGCUGAACACAAUGUCCGUUCCUUCCCGUAUCUCCAUCAAAGCCACAACAUAUGAUGGGAAGAAUGUCUUUCUCAAGAGGAAGUUGAAAACAAAUAGAGCAGCAGAAGCAGGUCCAAGCUCGGGGAGACGAAUGGGGAAUUUACUCGAUGAGCCUAUGCACCGACUACUUGACCAACUUGCAGUAUCUGCCUCUUCUAAGCCCGAGGAUAGCAAUAACUCUUCCUCCAUGUCUUCAAAUUACGAAUCGACGCUAUGGGUCGAUAGGUACCGCCCACGAAAGUUCACUGAACUGAUGGGUAAUGAACGUGUUGCGAGGGAGACCUUGACAUGGAUCAAACAGUGGGACUGGUGCGUGUUUGGAAAAAAUAAGGGAAAGAAGAGAAGCCGCGAAGAGGACUCAAAUGAAAUGGACGAAUAUCACCGCCCAAAGGAAAAGAUACUCCUGCUCUCUGGACCCCCUGGUUUGGGCAAAACCACUCUAGCGCAUGUCGUUGCUAGACACGCGGGUUAUGAAGUAAUGGAGAUAAAUGCAAGUGAUGCUCGUUCUGGACAGGUCGUCGACGAACGUAUCAGACCGGCUCUCGAAGCAGGUGUUGGUGUGAAGAGCUCUAAACCGCUCUUGCUCGUCAUCGACGAAAUCGAUGGGGCUACAGGAGCUGGUGAUAAUGCUGGGUCUUUCGUACACAAGUUGAUUCAACUUACGCAAGAUAAACCAAGCAAAAAGACCCGUUCUGGUCGCCGAGAUCCACAUACUAAACGUCCUAUCUUGAGGCCGAUUAUUUGCAUAUGUAAUGACGUCAAUGCAGCCUGUCUAGCCAAAUUACGGCCCCAUGCGUAUCAAGUUCGAUAUCAACGACCUGCCGAUGUUCAUACUGUGAAGCGACUACGAGAGAUAUGCGUGCUUGAAGCACUCAAAGCAGAUUCCAGUGCGCUGUCGACUUUGGUUGGGAUUGCUCAGGGCGAUCUGCGUGGUUGUCUCAACACUCUUCAAUUUCUCAAAUCCAAACAUGACGAGGUCACAGAAAGUGUGAUUCGUGAAGCUACUAGGGGUAUGAAGGAGUCAGAAGCUUCUAUCUCAACGGUCAUGAACAGCUUAUUUGCACCAUUGCCAAAGAAACGGGCAAAGGAGCUAGGCUUGAGUGAUGAGGCCGAGUCCCGUUAUGUGGAUCGGCUUAGCCACGAGAUUGACGCUUGUGGAAGGGAGAACUCGAUUGCCGUCGGUUGCUUUGCACACUACGCCACCCUUCGUCGACACGAUGCAAACCUUUCUAGACAUGAGAAGGCCAACGAGUGGCUGCUGACCUUCGACCGUAUGUCUGCCGCAAUGUACUCAGAUGGUGAUUUCGCGUUGGCACCAUACUUGCCCUACACGCUUGUCGGUUUCCAUCCGCUCUUCCAAGAGCGGGGAGCUCCGAGAGUGGAGAAAGACUUGACUGACUGGGAGAACUUUCAAACGACGAGAACGAACGAGGAGAUCUACAAGUCCCUUGCACGGUGCUUGCAAGCAGCCAGUACCCGGCACGGUGGCAAUUAUAGAUCUUUGUUGAACAAGCCCAUACUCCAAACAGAGUUUGCGCCUCUGAUCAAUCGGAUAAUUUCACCACCUCUUCGACCGGUCAACAGUCAAAUUGUGAAAGUCGAGGAGCGCUUGGUGCUAUCGCGUGUCGUCGAUAUUAUGUCUGCGCUCGAGUUUCGUUUUGUCCAGGAACGGACAGAUGACGGUCAAUUGACUUAUCGUCUAGACCCGCCUGUGGACGUUUUCAUAACCUAUGACGGGAAACGUGCUGUUGACAUUGCAGUUCCGCGGUAUGCUGUGAGACACCUGGUCGCAGAACAGAUUGAAGCUCGGAUCAAUACGCAACAAGUCAUUACAGAAAAAGGUACCUCUACCAAGUCUAAAUUUUUCGGCCAAAAGGAGAAACCUGGAGAGGACCUUCAUGGCAGUAACGAUGACAGGCCCACCAAACGAGCCCGUACGGAGGCUGUUGAUAUUGCUGAUAGGCCCCCUACCGACUUCUUUGGUCGGUUAAUCGACCCCUCCGCUGCCCGCAAAUGCAACAAACCAGGUUCGGUGCAACAAGGUACGGGAGGCAAGUCCCGUGUCAGUUAUAAGUUCAAGGAGGGCAACUCCGCCGCUGUGCGGAGGCCAGUGAAGGUGUCGGCGUUCCUAUAA